AUGUCGUUACUAUCCCCUUCACCACCGCCGCCGCCGCCGCCGUCUUCACACCAUAAAUAUAGGACUCCAAAGUCUCUGCAGAGGGAGGCCCUCGCAAGAUUCGUUCGAAUGCCCGUCAACACCACCAUGGUGAGCCAUCUGGCGCGAAAGGCUGCCAAUGUCAUACAAUGCGACUGUCCUCCCAUGGAGACGCCUCAGCUUCCUCCUUCGCCUCCCCAAACACCACCGCAAGUCUCAUCUGACAUCUCACCUCCAUCCCUGCGUCAUUUCAUUUUCAACCUCGUCAGUCGAUCCAACGUGCAGGUUGCCACUCUCAUGACCACCCUCGUCUACCUCGAACGCCUUCGUCGGAAGCUGCCUCGAGUCGCAAAGGGCCUACAGUGCACCGUUCACCGAAUCUUCCUCGCCGCCCUCAUCCUCUCGGCCAAAUUUCUCAACGACUCGUCCCCCAAGAACAUGCACUGGGCCGAGUAUUCCCACAUGAAGUCUCACGCUGACUUUGGCUUCGCCCGUUCCGAAGUUAACCUCAUGGAACAGCAGCUCCUCUACCUUCUCGACUGGGAUCUAAAUGUCAGCGAACAAGACCUCUUGACUCAUCUCGAGCCCUUUCUAUCCCCAAUUCGUGAUCAGCUACGUUUGCAGGAACCGCGCCAUUACGCUCCUCUGGCCAUCUCGCGUCGACAGCUAGACCCAGUGAAUCCGCUCCUAUACGCCACUCGCCCACCCGUCCUGAGUACGUCGGGUCUCCUAGUCAAGGACGAAACGCCACGACCCCUGAUUGGCCCGCGAGAAUCCUCUCUCGUGGCCCGUUUGCCGCCUAAACGUCUGAAUCUACGUGCUCUCACUAAGCCGGUACCGCCAUCACCAGUUCUUGCACACGAGUCUCGUCUCGGUGACUCGUCAAACUCGCUCUUCUCGCCCCUAAACUUACCUCUCACUCUCACCCCUAACAUGACUGGCAGUGCCCACGGCCUACCAUCCCCACCCGUCUCUGCCACAACACUACGUCACGCUGUCAAUUCACAUCUCGCUCGUCCUUACAGCGAGUGCGAACCACUCCACCACUCGCCUCUUACCCGCCUCCCUAAACGUAACACGGUCCACAUUGCUGAACAGUAUCUCGCCGCCGACUGCUCUCCUCCCACCUGCGAGGCUGCAUGCUCUACGACUCUAUCCUACCAGCCGCCUCCCUUGUCAUCUAAGCCAUCGAAACGAUCCCGCAGUGCCGGUUUCAUACUAAGUCGCCUCUUGGGCGGGAGAUCAGCGGGCAAUUCUUAG